UGCAUCAAAUGUUACCGGAAACAGCCAAGCCGGUGCCCAGUCAAGACGAUUCAUUCUCGUUAGCCCGCAGAAAGAACACCUGUCGCUCGUUUUCAGCCACCACCACCACCACGGGCACCACCACGGGCACCAUCACGGGCACCACCACGCGCACCACCCUGCUCCCGCCUGGCCCGCACCAUGGCCUGCAGCAUGGCCCGCAGGAGGAUGGCACGGAGGAUGGCACGGAGGCGUGCACGCUGGCUACGGCUGGUGAUGAGAGAACCAUCGCGGACACGGUUGGCAACAGAGGCUUGGAGCACGGCAGGGUCUGACAGCCAGGAGGUGCCUGUACUGAGACUCGUCGUGAAGCAUUCUACUCACGCCCAUUCACCAAGGCGUGACGGAACAGAAGCAUCUCCGUGGCCGGACUUUGAAUUAAGUCCCUCGACGAACGCAACGGCUCGACGGCAGCUAUCGCUAGAGGCGGCCCAGGUCAGCAAUCUUGGCAAGGUAUUAAAGCCUCAUAGACCUGCCCAGAAUCAGUAUCCUGGCUGCAAACAAGAUAAGUUAUAGCAAAAGCCAUAACUUCGAGCUGGUGUGCAGUAGAGGGAUGUGUGAUAGCUAUAGACGCAUUAGAUGAACUCGUAUUACAACCUACUAGUCUUACUAGUCGCUAACGUUUAUGUCGUAGUCUCAAGCUCACUUUAAAUACCAGUAACGACAAAGUUUACGGUUUAUUAGCUUUACGCCAGGGAGGUAAACCUAACGUAUCACUACCUAAUUCACGACCUCGUAUACAAUUACAAAUAAUUUAGGGCUGAGGCACAGCCGAGUUACAAACACGCGAGACAACCACGUACCAUUCGUUUGACACUUUUGUUUUGAACUGUCGCUGGCGUCGCAUUAGCAUUCCUAUAUUCACCCGACGUGUCCGCUGUCACUUACUCCGCGGCCAAUCAUUUCUCAGGACUCGCACUUAUACCUCUGAAACAAUGUUGAACCUGUAAAUAAAUGUGUUUAUUCUCUC